GGUUAUGACCAUCCAAUGAAGGACAUCCACGUGGGACCCCUAUCAUUAUCACAUGUACCAACGCCUCGUGAUCCAACGCUCCAGGAUUCGCUCCUCACAUCCCAUUGUCCCAAUCAAUCCAGCCCCACCGUGGUCCCCGCUGUAGAGUACCACUGGCCCUCCCUUGUUCCCCCCUUGUCCCCCUCUCACCCUCACACACCUGCUUUCAUGUCCCUCCUGUCACCGCCAAUCAUAUCUCUUCUUUCCAACCCCACCUCACGCGCUCCUUCAACCGUGUGCUCUGGGCCCCACUCUCCCCUACUCCCAUUGGUCAGUAAGAAACGCGUGUCACAGCCCAGGGUGGCUUCUCUCUUCAUCAUUGUGUCAAAAAUUCAUGCACUCAGAAUAAGUCACCUACAUAUUGUCCCACACCAAUGUUGCUAUAAAAUUAAUGAUCUACUACCCACUACCCUUGCAACACAACUUGCAUCUCAUUUCUCUCCUCUCUCUCUCUCUCUUUCUCAAAAAACCGAGUUGAAUUGUUCUGGUCUUUUUGUAAGCACCUAUCAAGAAACAAUGGAGAAUUCAUUGGGAAGCUACGAAAAACAGCUUAAUCUGAAGGCCACUGAGCUGAGAUUGGGGUUGCCCGGUAGCGAUGAGCCUGAGAAACGUGCUACUGCUAGAAGCAACAAGAGAUCUUCGCCGGAAGCAAGUGACGAAGAGAGCAUAAGCAAUGGUUCUGAUGUCACAAAAGAAGACAACGUUGUACCACCUGCAAAGGCACAAGUAGUGGGGUGGCCACCGAUUCGAUCUUACAGGAAGAAUAACGUACAGCAGAAGAAAGAAGAAGAAAGUGAAGGAAAUGGGAUGUACGUGAAAGUUAGCAUGGCGGGUGCACCUUAUUUGAGGAAGAUAGAUCUCAAGGUUUACAAAAGCUACCCUGAACUUCUCAAGGCCUUGGAAAAUAUGUUCAAGUGCAUAUUCGGAGAAUAUUCAGAAAGGGAAGGGUACAAUGGAUCUGAAUAUGCUCCAACUUAUGAAGACAAAGAUGGUGACUGGAUGCUGGUUGGAGAUGUUCCAUGGCACAUGUUCGUGUCAUCCUGCAAGCGGCUCAGAAUUAUGAAGGGAUCAGAAGCAAAGGGGUUGGGUUGUUUUUGAGCCCAAAAUCAAAGCAUAUUUGGCUGAUUAAAAGGAGAGAUGCACAUACACAAAUUUCCUUUAUUUGUUUAUUUCAAAGACUGUGACUUUCUUAAUACACUGUUCCAAAUUCUCAUAGCCAUAACCCGAAUGAGAAACAGUGAUUAAACGAGAAGAGAAUAAAACCAAAGCAUAUGCUAUUUAAUUGUAUACAGAAUAUAAAUACAUAUAUAAUUUUUCCUUCU